AUGGCAGCGGAGGCACGGUUCAAAGACCGAGGGAUAUCAUUGCUCGGCAUGGAGGCGAGCGGCGGCGGCGAGCCGGCACCGGCUUACCUCACCCCCUCGCAGUAUUGUCAGAUGACAGUAAUUAGCUUAGUCGCCUGUUUGUUGUGCACCGAGGCCACGGCGGAGGAGCGGUACGCCCCUCGCGCCACAAAAACAUUGCAAUUUGCACUACAACCGCGAGAUAAUUAUAGAUCGUCUCUGACGAAAGAUUUCUCUUUCGCUUCGCCUCCCGGGAGUUGUUUUCGUUGCGCGUAA